AUGGCCACGACAGGAGGUAUAACACAGCAUGGAAAAAUUGCAAUAUCUCACCCCUGGGUAUCCCGCCAUUACGACUCCCGGCUGCUCAACCAAGACCAUGACUCCCUGCUCGAACACAUCACCACAACCGACCAGGCUGUCUACGGCGACCCUUCCAACCCGAUCAGCUUCCGCAUCGGAAACGGCGGCGCAGGCUACACCGGACUCCUCCAACAUCUCUGCGAAGCGUACAUCAAUGAGACCUCAGGAGACUUUCGAAUUGGCUGGGUCGCGAAUCAUUCUCGCCAUUCUCAGAUCGCAUUGUUGGCGGAUGUCGUGCAAGUGGCUCUGACAUAUGAGCCCGCCAAUGAGGAUGUAUCGAUUGCGGAAGGGUGGGCGAGGAGAGUUUGUAGGGUGUUUAAUGAUCAUUUCAUUCUUGUUGGGCCGAAAGCGAUCGACAUCUCUGUGUCGAGUAUCAGCGCUGCGUUGAGGAGUAUUGCACGAUCUCACAAGCAAGAGUCGCUCAAUAGCGUCGCUCAUGGCAACCCGAUCAGAUUCCACAGUCGAGGUGAUGGAUCUGCGACUUUCGCGAAAGAGCAGGAGCUGUGGAAAGCUGCUGGUGUGGAUGAAUCGAGAAGUGAUUGGAUCGAGACGUGGCCUCUCGUACCGUAUCAAGCUCUCGUGAAAGCUGAAGAAGACCAAGCAUUCCUGCUGACAGACCGCUCGACGUUCUUGACGGCGAAGAAGGAGAGUGUAAUCCCGAAUUUGAAGUGUUGGGUCGAAGGUGGUUCUGCGUUGUUAAAUCCUUGCUCGGUGAUGGUUGGGACGUUUGAACCAGAGGGAGUAGAAAGAAUGUUGUUAAGAAACGCAGCGACCUUCGCGGAAUGGCUAGGUGGCAAAGCGGCGCAAGAGAUCGUGAGGAAAUACGGAAGGAAAUGGGAAUUGGGGAAGCCGCUGUUCACAACCGGCGAUCAGGAGGAGUUUGAUGUGGAAGAUCGGUUGGACGCGUGA